AUGGCUACAGACAUAGUGCUUGAUACUACCAUGGGCUCAAUUGUAGUUGAGCUGUACAACGACCACGCACCGAAGACGUGCAAAAAUUUCUCCACCUUAGCACAACGGGGCUAUUACAACAAUGUUGUCUUCCAUCGUAUCAUUCCCAGUUUCAUGAUACAAACAGGCGAUCCCACUGGUACGGGUCGCGGUGGCGACUCUAUAUAUGGCGAGAAAUUUGAGGAUGAGAUCAAUCCUUCUUUAAAGCAUACUGGUGCGGGCGUUUUGAGUAUGGCAAAUAGCGGACCCAAUACAAAUGGUAGCCAGUUUUUUAUAACCCUCGCUCCUACGCCUUGGUUGGAUGGAAAACACACGAUAUUUGGGAGAGUGAAAAGCGGGAUGAGGGUAGUGCAACGGAUGGGACUUGUAAAGACUGACGGCGACGAUAGACCCGUGGACCGGGUUAUGAUCUUAAAAGCGAGGGUGGCAGAAGAUGGGGUUGAAGAAUGA